AUCAUGGCGGGCGCCGUGUGUGCUGCAUGCUUCCAGACGACGUACCUGGACCUGACGAUGCAUGCCCCGAGCGCUCCCGACGGGCUCUCGCUCACGCCCAUCUCAACAAAAAUCGUCCUGUCGCAGCUGGCAAACAUGUACCUCGGACUUGCUUUUCUCGAGGCCGCCGUGCUCCGCGCCACGGCCGACGUCAACGUCUGGCAAACGUUUCUCGUCGUGCUGCUGCUGGCCGACGUUGGGCACCUCUGCUCGCUGCUGCCGCUGGGCGCCGACGUGUACUGGGCGUUUUGGCGCUGGAACGCCAUGGACAUUGGCAACAUUCCCUUUGUCUACUUCCUGGCCGCGACGCGCAUCUGCCUGCUUGCCCGCGUCGGCUUUGGCCACGGCCACGGCCAGCAGGCCAAGGUGCGGCGGGAUUAGCGACAUGGCCGAGUAUGUAGGCGCCCCAGUUGGGGUGUGGUGGUGGAGGAGGGGGCCCAUGGAAGGCGUGGUGCAUUGGCGGGCAUGACCAUCGCAAUUUCUCAUUGUCGACAAGUGCUUCUGUUUCCAAAUCACAGCAAUUUC